AUGGAUUUACCAGAAUUCCUGCCGAGGAUGUUUACAUUAGGAGAAGAGCCUGAUGCAAUCAGGAGCAUUUCGUAUCAUUCUGAUGACACGAAGUUGUUUAAAGCUCUAUGUGAUUGUCUCACAGCUGACGAAUAUGAGGAUCUGAAGGCGUCGAAGUUAGGAGUGUUCAUCAAAUUCAAGGAGCUUGACUUUGGUUGGACUUCAAGGCUGGUACAUUUUAUGCUCUCUUUCCAGCUAGACAUCAAGAAGAAGUUUGAGCUCUGGAGUCUUGUCGUUUCACAACCUGUGAGGUUUUCACUGAUAGAGUUUGAACACCUCACUGGGCUGAACUGCGAUUACAUCAAGGACCUGGAAAAUCCAAGGUGUGAGGUUACGACGGAGAUGGCUGCUUUCUGGGAGAAGAUGCGUGUUGAUAUCGAUACUGGGCCAAGUAUUGAACAGAUAACAGAAGCAUUUUACAACUGCGACGAGUGGUCUCGGGCUGAUCGCAUGCGGCUGGGAUACCUUGCCAUCUACGCAGGGUACAUCGAAGGGAAAAAGUUCUCAUCCAAUUAUCCAUGGGGGAGAGUGGCGUUUAAGGUGCUGAUGGAUUCUCUGAAGGCAAAAGACUUGACGCAAACUGGUUACACUGUUGAUGGGUUCAUACAAGUGCUCCAAGUGUGGGCGUACUAUGCUCUGCCAGAAUUGGGUGCUAAUUAUGGGUCUCCCAUACCAAACAGACCGUCUCCACUGUUGCUGGCUUACAAGGGUGGCAAAAGAAAACGCAAUUUUUUUAAGGCUGCUAUCAAUAAACAGACUAUCGUGAAGAACUUCGUUCAGAAGGCUUUUGAUGAAAUGUUUCCAAAAUGGGACGGAGACGUAGAUGACCCUGCCGCGGAUAACAUAAUUAAAGUCAUGUUUAAUGAUCCUGGAUGGGAGUGGACCAUGGAAUGCUGGCCAGUCACCGGUACUCGCAAGGUUGUGAAGAUGGAAGUGAGUCCAGUGAAGAAUGAAGUGAGUCCCGUGAAGUCAGAGAGUGUUGUGAAGGAAGAAAGUAGCAGACCUCGGAAGAAAGCUCGUAAAAGGUCUUCUGUUUCUGCUGAGACACCUGCGGCGGGUAGUGAAGGGAUGACGCAUCAGCAGAUUGAAAAGUCCUUGAAGGACAUAUCUGAUGCCAUUAAUCUUCGCUUUGGGACGUGCUUUAAGGAGCUCAAGUUACUGGCGGAUAGGAUGGUAGCUGUGGAGAAGAAGGUGGGAAUCACCAACAGAGGGGGUUCAUCUGAUGAUCGUCAACUUACAACCACUUCAAAUCCACCAAAACCUGUUGAAGAACCCGGGAGUGAAAGUGUGAAUGGGGCGAAAGCAGGACAGAAGGAAGCCAAAGAACCGAGUCUUACUACAGAACCGAGUUCCUCGAGAGAGCUCUGUCUUGUGAGUCCUGCAGACGACUUACCGAGUGAUGAUCCUAGCCUUCUUAUAUUGGACAAACAAGUUUCCACCGCUUCAGAUUUACUCGUUGAAGAAGCUAGAAGGCAGACAAAGAAGGAGACUGCUUUGGUGAAUCUCCGUAAAAAAAGUGUGCGAGAAAGGAAGCUUGCUCCCACACAGCAAACUCCUUUUAAGGGAAACAGCACUGCCAAACAGAUCAUUCCAAACAAACAGGUUGGCGGAGGCUAUGAUCCUUUUGCACCCUAUGACAAGAUGAAGUCGAAGGAGCUCACUGCAUGGGUGCAAAAAGAUCCGUAAGUUGCUGUUAAAAAUAUGCUUAUUUAUAUUUGAUUAAAAAAAGCUUCCAUUUGAUUAUUUACAUUUUGUGUUUGCAGUUCUCAUAAACUGCCUCUGAAAAAAAAACCACGUAGAUGUCCAAGUCGAUUUUAUCAGGUCUUCCGAACCCCCUUAGAAUGGCUGACCGACCAUGUAAGUCUUCUGCUAUUUUCUUACUCUUAUAUAAGUCGUCUGUGAGUCGUCUGUGAGUCGUCUAUAAGUCGUCUGGUAGUUAUCUUACGUAAGUCGUCUGUAACUCGUCUCUAAGUCUUCUCUAAGUCGUCUCUAAGUCGUCUGUAAGUCGUCUGGUAGUUAUCUUACGUAAGUCGUCUGUAACUCGUC